AUGGCAGAAGCUCAAGCCCCAGUCGUCGAUGACCCAGACGUCCCUAAGGGCCGAAAGACUUUCGUACCCAUUGAGAACAACCCCGAAGUAAUGUCCGCCCUGGCUCAUAAACUUGGCCUCUCAAAUGCCCUCUCCUUCCACGACGUCUUCAGCAUCGAAGACCCCGAUCUCCUCGCCUUCGUCCCCCGCCCUGCAAACGCCCUCCUCCUCGUCUUCCCAGUCAGCAGAUCAUACGAAACCUUUCGCGUACAAGAAGACAGCGACAAGGCUGAGUACGAGGGGAAAGGUACUGGAGAGCCAGUCAUUUGGUACAAGCAGACGAUCAGGAAUGCGUGUGGGUUGAUUGGGAUCUUGCAUGCUGUCAGUAAUGGCAGCGCGAGGGUAUUCAUCGAAGGGGGUUCUGAUCUAGAGAAGCUGAUCAAUGAUGCUAUACCGUUGAACCCUGUCGAGCGAGCGGAUCUGCUAUACAACUCCCAGGCUUUGGAGAACGCCCACCAGAGAGCUGCGAGCCAAGGACAAAGCCAUGCACCGGAUGCUGAGGAAAAUGUUGAAUUGCACUACGUGUGCUUUGUCAAGGAUGAGAACAAUCACUUAUGGGAAAUGGACGGACGAAGAAAGGGACCUUUAGAUAGAGGAGUUCUGAGCCCAGAAGAAGAUGUUCUGUGUGAGAAAGCUUUGGACUUGGGGGUCCGGAAGUUCUUGAACAGAGAAGCAGAGGUCGGCGAGGGAGAGAUGAGGUUCAGUCUGGUAACUUUAGCUCCCAGCCUGGAUUGA